UCUAACUCAGAUUUCCUCCCUGCCAUUUCAAUAUCUACUGCUGCAAUCUGCCUGCUCUGCAGGGGCUGCCGGCCAGGUGAAAUCCCUUGGGGGUACAAUUUCUGCUUGAGUUGGAACUACUCUACACCUGCUCCUGGAAGUUCUUGCCGUGGUGAUUUGUGAUAUGCCGAAAGAGGAUUUGUGGCUAGGGACAGCUGGUCAAGGUUCUGGCAGUUGUGACAGCAUGGUCAGCACUAUCUCAAGCCACUCUGAAUUUAGUGAUAACAGCUAUGAUUAUCUAUCUAUCGAGGAAAAGGAAUGUUUGAUGUUCCUAGAAGAAACUAUUGAUUCUCUGGAUACGGAAGCAGACAGUGGGGUUUCUGCUGAUGAGACUGAUUAUGCUGAACGUUCUGAGCUCCCCAGAACAUGGCCAAAGAGAGACUUUGUUCCAAAAAAUUUGGACAGUGGGUCUCUCACUGAAAGUUUUGGUCAGCUACAUGAAGUAGAACAAAAGGGUGAUAAGCAUGGAUCGCUUCUCUCAAGUUCUGCUCCAGGGGUGGUUACAAGCUCACGCUACCGCAGCCUUCCAAGGAGUGUCAACGCAGCAAGCGCACCAACCACCACCAAGGUUUCUGUCAGCAAAGCAACUGACCUCACUGAUGGUCCAACUCCAACAGCUCAAGAGACAGGGAAGUCUUCGUGGCAGAUGCCCAAGGAAAGAGGGAUUGAGGACACGUCAAAUCACCAGCCCAGAGUGAGUACUCAGAUAAAGCCAUCAGACUUGGAGUCUGUAAUUAUAGACCCCCCUGAACCCUUCCAGGAUCCCAGAAGCAAGGGAUCUGCUAAUGGCAGUGAAGACAAACUACUACCUGAGGCAGCAACGGGGAAUGAGGCUGAAGUUGCACCACAGCCUUCUGCUCCAGAGAAUGCAAGGCUGCCUCUGAAAGAGGAGAAGAAACAUUGUGAGAAGGGACAAGAGAGAGCCACUGAUCCUCAAGGCAGCCAAGGGAAAUUACCCUCAAAAGAAGCUUCUCUGGAUUCAAACAUCAAGCCAGGGCCUCCCACAGCCCCAAAGCCAAGAAAACUGCCACCAAAUAUUAUCCUUAAACCUAGCAAAAUCAGACCAGCACCACUCUUCGACCCUAAUCACAAUAGAAAAGGGCCUUCUCCAUCUUCACCCAAGUACAAAUCCAGCACCAGUGACUCUUCUGUGGAAAAGCAGGAAAGAGCCAGGUGGGAGGCACUGGAGAAGUUGGGACUCCUACAUGAUAAAGGAAGGGAAUCUAAAGUCCAUGUUGUCAGACCUCCUACUGCUCCCAAACCAAACCCUGUCCUCAUUCCUAGGGCUGGUAGUAGGGAUAACUUAAACAGUGAUGAUGGAACUGAUGCUCCUAUGAAUGAGAAACCUGAUCAUGCUCCAGGUUUAAAUCCAGCAGAGCGUGCGGCUCCUGGCUUGAGCCAGACAAUCAAAUCCAACUCCUUGGAGCAUUCAGGCAUAGGUCUGAGCAGGGAGGACCAGAACAUGGACAGUAGCUCGCUUGGCAAAACAUCCAUCUCUAAGAUGAUGGCUCUCAGUGUUCUUAGGAAUAACCGAACACGCCCAGCUUCCCUUGGCACAAGGGAAGACUUUAUUGAAUUCAAAGCAUCCAAAACUGAUGAUAAGGAGCUGGGGAAAGGUGACAAGCGCAAAUCUUACCCGUUGCUGAAGUUUCCCCGGCCUACUUGUGUCAGUGUAAAAAUCACCCCUAAAGGAGCAAAAGAUGAAAACCGCCGGGAGGCUCUGAAAAAACUUGGCCUACUGAAGGAAUAAACAAUCCAACACUUUGUGCAAAUUCACCUAUGUUUUUAUGCUAUGAAUACAGGAACUUCUGUCCUUCCUCUUAAGCAAAGUGGGACAAACUAUUUGGGUGAACGCAGCAAAGCCUUGGAACAGGGUUCUAGGCACACAGAUUAAUUCUGCACACUCUGAACCAGCAGCAUGAAAAUGAGCAUCUUCACAGUUUGAUUUCUACCCCUCCAGGGCCUCAGGAAGACUGGCCUGAAUUAAUACUGCCAUUAAAAUUAUUCAAAGCUUCAUGCUAAAUAGACAUCACAUGUGUAUAUAGUGUGUAUAAUUAUUUAUAUGUAAUGGGAAUAAGUAUAUGGAUGGAAACAUUCCCUUAAAUGUUUUAUUGCAUUUGCUCCCCUAAAUGUUCACUGUUUGGAAACCAUGAACUCCUGGCAUGUGGUUUGGUGUGGGGGGAGGGAGAAGGGUGUGGAGGUAGCCAAUCUGGGAAAGACAGGAUGGCAGGAUUUGGCUCAGGGGUGGGUGGGUGUUAGAUUUUUUGUUUUUAUUAUUCAACAUUUAUUCAAAGCUUUCUGGGACCUGAUCAUUUCAUUGGGCACAUGCACAUACCUCCUGAAGCCAAUGGGAGCGAUGCAUGUGCAACUGCUAGUGUGAUCAGGACCUGGAUAUUUUAGCCCAGAUAGGAGUGAGAAGUAAGCGUGCUUGAUGCUGCUCUGCCAGUCACCUUUCAGGCAAUCGAACUUGUGUAGGUAGCCGAUUCAGAACUGCUGCCCAAUAUGAGGGGGGAAAAUACAGAUGAGUAGAAGUUGAUGAUGUUGUUGUUUUGCUUUCAUGACCUUUUAUCUGACCUCUGGUUUAUUAUAUCCAGCUGUAUGAGCAAACUACUGCUGACGCCUUGUGUGCUUUUAGGUUAUGCCCCUUUUAUCUUAGAGGUUUUUUAUUUUGGUAAUAAACUAUUUUAA